CUCUCUCUCUCUCUCUCAUUGUCAGUGUAAUAAAGAAAGAAACGCUCGUGUCUAAAAUGGCAGUCUCAAAUCUCUGCAAAUUUUAGCUUUUUUUUACUCUCCCAAAAAGCUCAUUGCUUUGAUUCUAAUCGCCAAAUCCAUCUUCUGGGUUUCCAAAACCUCCCUCCUCAUUGCUUCCCUGUCACUAUUUGUGGGUCUCUUCUUACAGUCUAACCUCCGUUUUGUCAUUGCUUCAAGUCACCAAUUUUCUAUCCCAUUAUCACUGUUCAUUAUUCUAUUCAAUUAAAAGAUUUCAUUUUUUUAUUACUGUUUUAUUCUUUCUUCAUCAUUGAGUAGGUUGGGUUUGGGGGAGUAUUGAUUUUUGAUAGUAUAUGGAAAAUGGGGUUGGCUCUGCAACGGGUUUGUUCUGUGGUGAGACUGUUCGCCAUUGCAGUUGCUUUGGUUGUUCAAGGAUCUGCAGGGUACAACAUAUCCCCAUCUCCAACAAUUUUUUCUGCAAAUCCUCCUUUUGAAGGAUCCCCUGGUCUUGUCACUAAUGGAAAGGCAAGCAAUGCACCUAGUCCAGCUUCUCAGCGAAAUGGGUCAGUUUUACACCCUUCACCCAUGGUACCACCUGACAAAUCUGCACCAGUACCCGAAACGAGCAAAGGGACUGUACCAUCCUUGUCACCAAGUACUCCUACAGUAUUCCCACCUUAUAGUUCUGUUCCUCCCUCUUUAACUGUUCAUGGAAUUGUACUAUCCCUACCUCCAAAUGCUUCUCAAAGAGAGGCACCAAAAAAUAACAAUCCUGUCUCCGUGCCAAUUGCUCCAGUACCAGUUGCAUCACCUUCAAGCGCACACCCAAUCAUGCCAGGUUCCAUGCCACCAAGUCCUAAUCAAAAGAAAGCACCAGAUAAGAAGGCUCCUCUCUCUGUGCCAAUUGCUCCAGUGCCUCUUGCAUCAUCACCUCCAAGUGAAACACCCAACCGAUUUUCACCAGUGAACCCUUCCCGGAGAAAAGCUCCUUCCGUACACAAAGCGUCAAGGCACACUUAUAAUUCUUCUCCUCUUUCAUCUCCCAAGUCUCCUCCGGAUAUGGGGGCUCAUUCCCCCACAUCUCCACCUUCAACCUCAUUUUAUAGGCAUCAUCACACCAGUCCUGCCCCAUCAUCACUUCUACUUCCUUCUCCUGCUUCAGGUCCUAUCAUCCCUCCGGCGUCUUUGUAUCCUCCUAAAUCACAUCCAAAGAGUAGGCAAAGGCACCAUGCUCCUCCACCCGUGAAUCAAGUCUCCCCAUCCCAUUCCCCUUUUUCUUCAUCAAAUAAUCACAUUUCAUCUGUGCCCUCUCCAUUUGCAACAGCUCCAUCUGGAGAAACCACAAUGCCCGUGCCGUUUCUUUCUCCUAAUACUUCUCCUGGAUCUUCACCAAGGAAUCCAAAGAUGCCGCCACUCGUACCACCAAUCCAAGCACUACAACCUCCUCCUCCUAAUGAAGAUUGUUCUUCACUAUCAUGCACAGAGCCAUUAACAAAUACUCCUCCUGGAUCUCCCUGUGGUUGUGUCUGGCCCAUGCAAGUUGGUUUGCACCUGAGUGUAGCGUUAUAUACCUUCUUUCCCUUGGUUUCCGAGCUUGCCAAGGAAAUUGCUGCUGGGGUAUUUAUGAAACAAAGUCAAGUUCGCAUCAUGGGAGCAAAUGCAGGUAGCCAUGAUCCGGACAAGACAAUUGUCCACAUUGACUUGGUACCUCUCGGAGAAAAAUUUGAUAACAUGACAGCAUAUUUGACAUUUCAGAGAUUCUGGCAGAAACAAUUGGUAAUAAAAACUUCGCUCUUCGGUGAUUAUGAAGUACUGUAUGUGCGUUAUCCGGGUCUUCCCCCCUCUCCGCCUUCAGGCAUUAAUGUUAUAGAUGGUGAACCGUAUUCUGGUCGUGGCAAUAACGGGAGGACUAGACAACCCCUAGGGGUUGAUGUGAAGACGGGGCAGCAUAAAUUUGGGCUCAGUCGUAGCAUCAUUGCCAUCAUUGUUUUGUCAGUUACUGUAGCUGUAAUUUUAUGUUGUGCGCUCGGUUGGGUUUUUCUGUUCAAACAUAGGGACUGCCAACGGGAGCCAAUUCCUCUGGAUACUCUACCUUCCCUAUCAAAAGCUUCAGGAAUUGCUCCAUCUAUAUUUGGAAGUGGUCCAACUUCUGCUUCAUUAUCAUUUGCAUCUAGUAUUGCAACUUUUGCUGGAUCUGCUAAGACAUUCAGUCCAAGUGACAUAGAGAUAGCCACUGAUAACUUCAAUGCUUCCAGAAUAAUUGGUGAAGGUGGUUUUGGUCGUGUUUAUAGUGGAGUUCUUGAAGACGGGACAAAAGUGGCUGUCAAGGUUCUUAAGAGGGAUGAUCAACAGGGGGGUCGUGAAUUCUUGGCUGAAGUUGAAAUGCUUAGCCGCCUUCAUCACAGAAACUUGGUCAAGUUGAUCGGUAUAUGUAUAGAGGAGCGCAGUCGCUGCCUAGUUUAUGAACUCAUUCCUAAUGGCAGCGUGGAAUCUCAUCUACAUGGCAUUGACAAGGAAACUGCUCAACUUGACUGGGGUGAACGGUUGAAGAUAGCACUGGGAGCUGCGAGGGGUCUAGCCUACCUGCAUGAAGAUUCAAGCCCCCGAGUCAUACAUAGGGACUUCAAGUCGAGCAACAUCUUGUUGGAAUAUGAUUUUACACCGAAAGUGUCCGACUUUGGCUUGGCUCGAACUGCUAUGGAUGAGGAGAACAGACACAUCUCUACACGUGUCAUGGGAACUUUCGGAUAUGUAGCUCCAGAGUAUGCAAUGACCGGUCAUCUUCUUGUGAAGAGCGAUGUUUACAGCUAUGGAGUAGUCCUCCUUGAGCUCCUAACAGGUAAAAAACCAGUAGACAUGUCUCAACCACCCGGUCAAGAGAAUUUAGUUACAUGGGCACGUCCACUACUCACAAGUAAAGAAGGGUUAGAAUCAAUUAUAGACCCGUCUCUGGGACCUGAUUUCCCUUUCGAUAGUAUUGCCAAAGUAGCGGCUAUUGCUUCAACGUGCGUGCAACCGGAAGUAUCUCACCGGCCUUUUAUGGGCGAGGUUGUUCAGGCAUUGAAACUAGUGUGUAAUGAGUGUGAUGUUACAAGAGAAUUAGGAUCCGGAAGUUGUAGCCAAGAGAAUAUAUCCAUCGACAUGGAUGGUCGGAUUAGUACCAAUUCAGGGCAGUUACGAGAUCCUUUAAAAACCCAAUCCCCGGUUUCUGAUUAUGAUUCUGGGUUUGAUCUUGAGAGGGGGCUUUCAAUGUCAGAUUUAUUGAGUGCAUCGGCAAGACUUGGGAUGCGGGACUCCCGGUCAUUUAUGAGCCACUCGACCUCAGGUCCUUUGAGAACUGGAAAGGGCAAGCGGCUCUGGCAGAAAAUGAGGAGAUUGGCUGGGGGUUCUGUGAGCGAGCACGGGGCGACAUUCAGGUUAUGGCCUGGAUCCCAUUGAAUAUUCUAAAAUUUCCUCCAUGGAAUUGACUUUCACCUGCAAAUUUCUCAAUUUUUUCCAAAUUCUAAGUACGAGUGAGAAUAUGGGUCACGGAUUCAGGUGGGAAUCAGUUGCAGGGCUUGGACUUGUAAAGAGGUGAAGUUGUUAUGGAUAGGUAACAAAUGGGAUUUUUACCAAAUGCAGGUGGUUUUAAAUCAUUACCUAAAAAAAAAAAGAAGGUUGUAAGUCAAAAUUUCUAAAUCCAAGCAGUUUAAACUUAUUUCUCAAACCCAAGUUGUUUUAUAAAGUUGUCUUUUAAAAUAUGACUUAAAAAAAUCAAUUGAAGUCAUAUUUUUAAAAUAUAACUUUAUAAAACAGCUCACGUUUAAGAAAUAAGUUUAAAAUUGAUUUGAGUUUUGAAAUUCUGUUUCAAAACAGGACAACCUACAUUGGUAAAAAUAACUCGAUAACAACCUUUUGUCGUGGUGAUUUUUGAAUGAUGGUACAAUUGAAAAAAGCUCAUUGAAGUAACCUCAAUAAGUGUUGAAUGGUACAGGGAGCAACUUUCUUGAUCAACUCAGGUCAAUUGAGAACUUGAAUCAUUUUCUAUAUGAAUAACGUGAUGAUUUUGCUAUUAUUUUGAUGGAGGAAGCAAGAUUUAUUUGAUCUUGUUGAUCCAUGAUGAAAGGUGAAAUUUCACUUUUUUGUUGCUGAAAUGUAUAAAAACAAGUUGGAUUUUGUAUCAUGAAAUAAUCAAGUAAUAAUGAUGAUGAUCUGUUGUAGAA